CUGUAAAGAUUUGGAGAGCUGGGGGGACAAUCUGAGAUGGAGUUUGCGGUCUCCGACGAGCUGCUCGGCACAUUCGUGCCCAUUGCGGUGUACUGGCUCUACUCGGGGAUGUACAUCCUUCUUGACAGAAUGGAGAUGGAGAACUACCGGCUCCAUCCCAAGGGGGAGGAGGAGACCAAGAACAUCGUCACCAAGUCGACGGUCGUCAAGGGCGUCCUCGUGCAGCAGGGCUUCCAAAUCGCCGUCUCGCUUCUCCUCUUCACGAUCAUUGGUGAUGACAAUGGUACCGUGAGAAAGCAACCUCCAGCCCUGGUGAUAGCACUGCAAUUUCUCAUUGCAAUGGUUGUUAUGGACACAUGGCAGUACUUCAUGCACAGAUACAUGCACAUCAACAAGUUCUUGUACAAGCAUAUCCACUCGAAACACCACACUCUCGUGGUUCCGUUUGCAUUUGGUGCUCUCUACAACCACCCCCUUGAGGGCCUCAUUCUGGACACAAUCGGUGGUGCCCUCUCUUUCCUCGUUGCUGGAAUGACUCCUAGGACGGCCAUAUUCUUCUUCUCAUUCGCAACCAUCAAGACAGUUGAUGAUCACUGCGGCCUAUGGCUUCCUGGGAACAUCCUUCAUGCCUUGUUCAGCAACAACAGCGCUUACCAUGACAUUCACCACCAGCUCUACGGCAACAAGUACAACUUCUCGCAGCCGUUUUUCGUCAUGUGGGAUAAGAUCCUCGGGACUUACAUGCCAUACACUCUAGAGGAACGCAAGGGAGGAGGGUUCGAGGCGCGCCCUGUUAAUCUCAGCCUAGCAGCACAGAGCAAGUCUGACUAAGCAAUUUGUUUUCUCUUGAGGUUCACUUCCCUAGUGAACAAUGCUCGUGUUGUGACACUCUCUGAUCUUUCUAACUACAUUUGUGUUGUAGAAUUCUUUUCCUGUCCAUAUAGAUAACAGUA